AUGAUAGGACAGAAAGAAAGUGAUGGAUGUAAAAUGGUAUUAUUGUUGUUUUUGGUGUUGGCAGCUACUGGAAGAGUGACGACCAAAGUGGAUGUGUACGCAUUUGGAAUAGUUUUGAUGGAACUGAUUACCGGUAGAAAGACAAUAGAUAAUACUCUGCCGGAACAAAUGUCUCACUUGGUUUCAUGGUUCCGUAGUAGGAUAAUACAUAACAUGGAGAACAUCACAGAGGCAAUUGAUGAAACUCUCAACCUUGAACAUGAAAGCAUGGAGAGCAUAUGUGUAGUGGCUGAGUUGGCAGGUCAUUGCACUGCUCCUGAACCACACCAAAGGCCCGACAUGGGGCAUGCAGUCAAUGUCUUGGUCCCUCUGGUAGACCAGUGGAGCCCUACUACCCCCACCCAUUCUGAAAAAGAACAAGGUUGUGACAUUAUCUAUCAAGACAUUUACCACAUGUCCAUCUCCCAAAUUCUAUCCGGCCGCUGA